CAGACAAAACUCUUUUUUUUUUUUUAAUUAUUUCUUAAUAAAACCUAACACCAUUCUUUCUCUCAACCCCUUUUCCCCAAAUAAGAUUCCGAUCAUCUCCAUGGCCACCCACCACCACAACCACCACCAAUGCCACUGCCUCCCCAACCCAUCCCCCACCCCCACCACCACAUGCUACUGCACCAUGUGUUACACCACCACCACCUACUACCACCCACCACCUCCACCACCCCCAUCAAACCCCCUAAUCCACUCCAUCUCCCACCACCACCACCAACACGCGCCACCACAAACCCACCAUACCCAACACCCCAACCACUACCCACCACCUCAAACCCACCAAAAACACCACCUUUUUCAACAAAACAUUCAAGAAAAUGUUGAAGAAACAGAAACCGAAACUCCAACCGUGUCCUCCCUCAUCCACCGCAUCGCCGCCCUAGAGUCCUCCCUCCUCCGCCGCCGCAAACACUCUCCGGCACCAUCAUCAUCAUCCUCCACCCUCCGUGACGCCGCCGCCCGUACUAUUCAAACCCACUUCCGAGCCUUCCUUGUACGGAGAUCCGUAACACUUCGCCAUCUUAAACAUCUUGCCUGCAUCAAAUCAGCUCUCAAUCGUCUCAAAUCAUCGGUUUCUGACAAAACUCACUUCGAUUCUCGGACCCUUUCUCGUGAAUCCUUGAGUUUGCUCAUUAAGUUGGAUUCUAUUCAGGGUAGUGAUCCGAUGAUCCGAGAUGGUAAACGAGCAAUUAGUCGAGAGUUGAUUCGAUUCAUGGAGAUGCUUGACGAAAUGUGUACGGAAAGUCAAGUGAUUGCAGUCAAGAAUGUUAGAUUUGGUAAAAAUGGUAGCAAAUUUGUGAUUAAUGAAAGAAAAUUUCUUGAAAAUUUGAAAAAUCAAAUAAAAUAUGUUAAAGAAGUUGAUGAAAGGUUCAAUCUUGAAAACCCUAGAAAAGCUGGUGGUGUUGGUCAAAAUAGAAUUGGGGAUUUGACCAAAAGUCAAGGAAAAAGUCAACCAAAAGUGAAGAAAAAUGUAAGCUUUGAUGAUAAUGGAAAUGUUUAUAGAUUGUUUAAAAGCAGCCGUAAUCCGGUUUUGAGUGAUGGGAGUGGCAGCAGUAAUGGUGAUGAUGAAGAGAUUGAAGCUGAAGUUGAAGUUGAAGAAAUCGGUGUUUCUUCGAAAGAAACGGAAGUUGAAGAAGACGAGUCUUCGGAAAUGAGUGAAAAUGAGAUGGAUCCGAGGAAGAAUUUGAGAACGAGGAUUCAUCGUACGACUGAAAAGAAGCAACCGGAUCAAGAAGAUGAUGAUGAUGAUGAAGACGAUAGUUUUGUGUUCUCUGCUCCAUUGCCAGCGAAAAUGGAGUACUGAGUUGACUCGGUGAGUAAGAAGCAGCCAUUAUGUUCAAAGGUAUUUUGUUAAGUUUUCUUGUAGCAUUUGAUUGUUUUUGCCAUUUAUCUAGGUGUUAUUGUCAUUGUUGUUAGGCUGCUGCUUCGUUGUUUUGAAGCUUGUAGGAUAUAAUCUAACCGAGUGAUGUUUAUGGCCCUAAUCAAGCUCUCGUGUAGAGUUUGAAGGUGUUUUUGUGUGUGGAUUUCGGUUUAAUUACUCAGUUGCUUAAUAAGUUAAUCCAUUUGCCGAGCUUAUCUACUA